AUGGCUGCGCCGAGCCCCACCGCAGAGCUCCCCAGCGAAGCCUCCUGCCCCAUCUGCCUGGAGUAUUUCCGAGACCCCGUCUCCAUCCACUGCGGUCACAACUUCUGCCGGGCGUGCAUCACCCGCUGCUGGGAGUGGUCCACAGCAAAUUUCUCCUGUCCACAGUGCCGGGAGACAGCACCGGACAGAAACUUUCGGCCCAGCCGAGAGCUGGCACGGGUGCUCGAAAUAGCCAAGCGGUUGAGUUUGCAGGCGGCCAGAGGGGAGGCGGUUGAGGAGGAAGGAUGCAAGAGGCACCGGGAGCCUCUGAAGAUCUUCUGCAAAGAAGAUGAAGCCUUCAUCUGUGUGAUCUGCCGGGAGUCCCGAGCACACCGGUCCCACACGAUGCUUCCCGUGCAGGAUGCUGUCCAGGAAUACAAGGGACAAAUCCAAGGUCAUCUGCAAGCCCUGAAGGAAGACAGAGACAAGCUCCUGGGGUUUCGAGAGGUUGAAAUGAGGAGAAGCUGGGAGUACUUGGAGAAGACCGAAGCUGAGCGGCAGAGGGUUUUCUCCAAGUUCGAAGGGUUGCGUCUCUUCCUGGAGGAUCAUGCCCGUCACCUGCUGGCUCAGCUGGGGGACCUGGAGAGGGACAUUGAGAAAAUGCAGGAAGAAAACAUCACUAGUCUGACGAAGGAGAUCUCUCAUCUGGAUACCUUGAUCCAGGAGAUGGAGGAGAAGUGCCAGCAACCAGCAAGCAAAUUUCUGCAGGACAUCAGAGGCACCUUGAGCAGGUUUGAAAAGGAAAACUUCCAGCAGCCCCCGCUGCUUCUUCCAGAGCUAGAAAAGAAAAUCAGUCACUUCAAGGAGAAAAAUAUUGCUCUAGAGGAGACUCUGCGGAGCUUCCAAGAUAUCCUGAUGUUUGAGCUGCCUGAAAAGAUGAAGGUGACCCUGGAUCCAUCCACGGCUCACCCCCAGCUCGUCGUGUCGGUGGACGGGAGGAGUGUGAGGUGGGAAGAUGCCCAGCAGGACCCAUCCGCUGAGGGGUUUGGCACCGAUCCCUGCGUGCUGGGCUGUGAGGGCAUCACCUCGGGGAGAUGCUGCUGGGAGGUGGAGGUGACACCCAAAGGCUCCUGGGCCGUAGGGGUGGCCAGGGAGUCCCUCAAGGGGAGGGAAGAGACCGCUGUGAGCCCCGAGAUGGAGCUCUGGUCUAUGGGCCUCUGUGAGGGUCAGUUUUGGGCUCUCACCUCCCUUGAGCGUAUCCCGCUAUACCAGAUCCAGGUCCCCAGAAGGGUCCGGGUCUCCCUGGACUAUGAAAAGGGUCAGGUGGCAUUUUUUGAUGCCGAUAAGAGAGCCCUGAUAUUCACUUUCCCAGCAGCUUCUUUUAAAGGGGAGAGUAUUCAUCCCUGGUUCCUGGUGUGGAGCGAGGGGUCCCAGAUCACAUUGUGUCCCUGA